AUGCUGAAAGGAUCUUGCGGUUUGGUUGAACUGGCCUGGACUGAAGGCCCUGGCUCAGGAAAUGAAAGUACUGCAACAGAUGGAGUGGAACUGGUAUCAUUUUGCCCUGAGAUUAAGGAAUCAGAACUUGAUAUCGAAGGCGCCGGAGAAGCAUUUGAACCGGAGCUUGGUGAAGCAGCAUAUACACCCGCACGAUUAUUCGGUACUGCUAGAAGUAUGGGAGGCGUCUGGUUUUUAAGGUAG